AUGGGUGCCGGCGACUUCGCCUGCACGAGCAACACGACGGCGACGUGGACGUCGUUCCCACUGCCGUCGCCGCCGUCGCUCGCCCACGUCUCGGUCGCGUGUCAACGGCUCUGCGAUUCGUUUCUGGCGCUGCAGGCGCCAACGCCGGCGACCCGCCUCGUCGCGGUGCAAUGCGACGGUGUCCUCACCGGCUCGGCGUUCAUUGUGCGCGAGUCGGUGGCCGACUGCCUCGCGCUCUGCAACGGCCUUCGCGUCUUCGAGCUCGCGACCGACGACGCAUCGUCGGUCGCGACCAUGUCGACGGCCAAGUCGCUUCUCGCCGGUGCGGUCGCGCUCACGGUCUGCUGCGGGCUUGCGUUUGGCCUCUACAAGACGUACCGAGUUCUGCGCGCCCGGCGGCUCGUGGCGUCGCUGCAGACGUUCUCGCGCCAGUUCAAGCGCAUGGAUUCCAUGGUGCAGGCGCUAUCGUGGCACCGAAGAGGCUCUCGCCUCGACAUGGACGUCCAGACGCUGCGAUGGGAGCACGACGUCGCCAAGUGGGUGCGGGCGAACGCCGAAGUCGCCUUCUACAACAACCAAGUGGCUGCGUUUGCAAGCACCAAAGACGCGUUUCUGAGCGACCUCUACCACCGCCUUGAUAGCAUGGUCGACGACGAGGGCGGAGUCGCGUCGUUCACGUCGGUGCUGCCGGCGUACCAGGCGCAAAUCCGCCUCCUCUUGGACGAGUGCGACGCCAACGACAACCGCAUGCGCGACCACGUCGACGGUGCGUGGCGCCGGCGCCUCGACGGCGCGCCGCAGUUGAUCGACGCGCCGAUCGUGCUGCAAAUGCAGACGGACGAGCGCCGCGUGCUCGAAGAUGCGCUGGCGUACCAACGCAGCCGGCUCUUGGCGGAAAUCGAGCUCACGUGGACGCCGUCAACGACGCCGAUGCGCAAGAUGGUCGAGAUGCAAGGUUGCGUCCAGCUCGCGGAGCUUGUGACGACGUAUGCAAGGACGUGGGCGGCCUUCAACGAAAGCGUCUUGCGGGACACGGACCUCCACGUGCGUCGGCUGCACGAGGCGAUCCGCGACGGGAACGCCCGGUCGUUCAUGGAAGCCAUCUGGAACGAUCUCACGACGCUCGCACCGAGCGACGACGACCACGCGACGGUUGACGCCGACGGAAAACCGCCACUGCGGGCGGUCGGUGACGCGGCCAGGGGUGCUAGCAUGGACCCGGACGCAAUCGACGCACUUGUAGAGUCGCAGGCCGCCGCGCUCUCAGCCGAGUACGAGGCGCAGCUCGCAUCGCUUGCUGCCGCCCAGGACGCCGAGCUUCUCGCACUGCGUUCGCAGAUGGAGAAAGCAACGACCCACCGAGUCGUGGAUGUGCUGCGUGCCACAACGCACGCCUCGUCGCUGGCCGAUAAAGUCCGCGGCCACGAAGCGGCCUGCGUCAAAGAGCGGGCCAACGCGCAACGCGUGGCCGAGAUGGCGGCGGCGCAGGCGGCGGCGGCGAAGCGCCGGCUCGCGCUCCAGCAACAGCGCGACCUCGACGCGCUCAAAGCCGCCAACGAGGCCGAGACGCAGAAGCUCAACGAGGAGCUCGCAACCGAGCAGGCGACGCAUCAAGCGCGGCUGCUCGCGCGCGUCCACCCGGUCGACGCCAUCGAAGUCGAAUCAAGCGACGCCGUUUUGGCGCUCCAAGAAGAACGCGCCGAGCUGGAGAGAGCGCAAGUCGCGCUUCUCGCCGAGGUGACGCAGGCCAGCGAGAACGAGGCCGCGCUAAAAGCACUGCACGAGGGGCAUGCCCGCGAGGCUGCCCGCGUCGCCACCGAGUUGGAGGCCGAGAGGGCCGCACAUCAAGCCCGGCUGGACGCCCGUCUCGCGCAGCGCCGGCGACGGUCUCACACGCACGACGACGAGUCGCCGCCACCGGUCCUUGCAGCGCUCGAGCGAGAGCAUACCGAGCUGCAGGCGCAGAUGGCGUCGGACGCCGAUGCGCUCAAUGCAGCCGCGGCCGCCAAGGCGCGCCUCGAAGCCAUGCAAGCAGAAAACGCGGCCGACCGUGCUCGCUUGGACAUCGAAUUGCGGCGAGAACAAGCAGCGCAUGACGCUCGGUUGCAGGCGCGGCUACAAAAGAGACAUGCGAAAAACGACUCGGCGCCGACACCCGCGGCCAUCGACGACCACAGUGCGACCGUGGCCGCGCUCCUCGCCACCAGCGACGUGGACCGCGCGCGGCUCGCGCAAUUGGCGGCCGACGAGAGCGAGUCCAAGCACGCGCAGCUCAUGGCGCGGCUCGAGGAGAAGAAGCGGCGGCGGAGCCUCGUGGCGUCCGAGAACCAGCGGCUCGCCAAGAAGCUGGCCGACGUCGAGCAGCGGAAACAAGCGCUGCGGCUGGCCGAAGACGCGCUCGCGAAGCAAGCCCAAGCGAGUGCGAUCGACGCGAUGGCGGCCGAAGCCGCGUAUGCGAAGUUUAUGGCGUCGCGCCCAAAGGCGGCGGCGGUGUCGUUUGAGAAGGUGCUCGCCGACCUCGUGGCCCACGAAGACGACGACGUGACGCUCGAGCAAAUCCAAAUUGUCGAAGCCUUCGGCAAAGUGCUCGAGGCGCGCUACAAGGCGCGGACGGCCAAGAAGAAGACGGCGCACGGAGGCAAGAUCAUGGUUGAACGAUGA